AUGGAGACCGACACCUCCUCCUGCGGAGGCGGCGGCACCGAGCAGCGGGGUAUAGGACUUGUGGAAGUGCAAGCGGCGGCGGCAGCGCUGCGGCGGUCAGAGGUGUUCCACGUCGUGAAGGAGCUCGUAGGCUUCGUCCUCUACAUGCACCACCAGAUCCCCUCGGUUUUGCCGAGUCUUGAAAAUGAAUUUGCAAGUUUAAAGGAGGAAAUGACAGAAAUGACAUUACAACCGGCUGAACUCAAACCAUCUGAUCAGAGAAGGUACAACACGCGAAAAAGGGAGGUUAGACGUAGAAUAAAGAAGCACGAGAAGUUGAUGAAUGGCAUCUCUACCUUACUCUGUUCUCUUCAGCAAGCACUUGAUGAAGUUUCAAGCAUUGAAGGAGUCGUCCUGAUCCUUGGAGGAAGCCUUGUACGACCCCUAUUUGUUUAUGACAUUACAAUUUCUCAUGGUAUCUUUGAUUCAGGAAGUGCCAAAGAGCAUGCUCUAACCAAGUUAGUUCAAUCUGUUUCUCGGAAGGCUAUCCGUGCUCUUGUAUCAUGUGGAGCAGGGAGUUUGUCCUACACAGGACCUAGCAAGUUGUUUUUGUUGGUAAGAUGUCCCAGUACAUUGAACCUACCGCAGGAUUUCCUGCCAAGGCGCGAUUUUCGUUAUAGCAAAAAGGUUGUACCUCUUCAAAUGCAUAUAAAGUGCAGCAAAUCAGUGUGUUCAGGGAAUAACCAGCACCAUAUGCCAAUUGUUGAUGCCCCAUGUUCCACUUCAGAAUCUUCUCCUUCAGAUGUUAUUUGGUUCCAGUGCAAGCAUACAAUAAGAGGUUUGCCAGGCAAGGCGUCACUAGAAGGGUGA